UCAAACAUCACUUUGUAUCCAAGUUUGACGUUUUGCAUGUAAACAAUCACAAUAAAUAUGACGCAUAGAGAAUAUACAUCAAUUUUAAUGGAAAAGUAGUGAAUUAAUUUGAAAACCAUUGAUUUUCUCAAAAAGAAAUGAGCGGAACAAAAACAGUUCACCAGUGUUUAUUCUGUCCACAAACAUUCGGCAGUGCCGUCGAAAAGGAUGACCAUAUUCUGGAGCAUUUUGCUCAAGAAACGUGUGCAGACUGCGACCAAAGCCUGAUUCGAAUCGGCAGCAAUUUAUACACAUUACACAAUGCAGUGACAUGCAUCAAGAGAGAAUCGAAACCUGACGUCAGUAUUCAGCAUGAUAGUCAGAAGGGACUUAUCAACCAAAACCAUGAUGAAGGCGAUUAUAAUGCAACUGCCGCGAUUUGUGAUCGGCAAAUGAAUAUCAAACUUGAGCCUCAUAUAGAACAAACUGAACAACCCGUGUGCGUUGAUCCGAUAAAUUUCGUAGAAACUCGUUGUGAUGGAAACUACACUGAAUCUAUCAACAAAGAUAGAGAUGAAGAUAAUGCCGGUAUUAAUGUCACACCAUCAAAUACAGUAUCUGUUGGGGAAAUCGAAAUUAAAAUGGAGCCAGAAACACCAGUUGAAGAGUUUAUAUGUGUAGAUGGUAACAAUUUCACUGCAGAGAGUGGUAUGGAUUUUGAUACAAGUAAAGGGUUCUACAAUCAACCUAUUUCAACUGCAUCAGAAAAAUCGUCAAAAGGAAAACGCAAGAAUAACUACAAACACAAGUGCGACGUUUGUGAGAAACUGUUUGAAGGGCCAGCGAAGCUCAAAGUACACAAAAAGUUCAGACAUAGCUCCGGUGUUGAAUUCCACCAAUUUGAUUGCGAUAUAUGCAAGAAGUCAUUUCUAAGAGAGAGUUAUCUGCGGAAACAUAUGCGCCUGAUACAUGAUGAUAGUAUAGAGAAAUUCAGAUGUGAGUCGUGCUGGCAAGUGUUUUUCUCGAAGAAAUCAUUGGAUAAACAUCAUCUGCUUCGCUGUAAACGCAUUAAGAAGGGAUUGAAAGCGAAACCAGUCAUUGAUAUUGCUCGUAUCGAAACUCCCAAAACUGAUAUUGAUACUACUGCUAAAAUUGUUAAGUGGAACAUGAAAACUAAGGAGAACGAUAAAUAUUGUGAAAUUUGCUGUAAGACAUUCUUCAACAAAAACACGGCUGAUAGACAUAAGAUUCAGGUUCAUAAAAUGGGGGGGCAUCACUGCAACGAUUGUAAGAAAGUUUUUCAUUCGGCUGCAGGCUUACUAAAUCAUGGUCCGAAUUGUGACAAAUUAGCGAAAACAUUCGAGUGCUGUUUCUGCCAUUCAAAAAACAAAUAUCAAAAGAAUCUUCGCUCUCACAUUCGAUUUGUGCAUGUUCAAAAAGAAAAAAAGUAUAAGUGUGAUAUAUGCGGAAAGGGUUUUCAUCUCAUGGCUCAAUGUGAAGAUCAUAAGAACCGAAUGCAUUUGAACGUUCGAAAGUGGAUGUGCAGCACAUGUGGACUAGCAUUUAAAACGAAGCAAGGUUUUAUGCAACACGAACCUUGUGUAACGCAGGAAACAUUCAAUCAUAAUGAUAAUAAUGCUAGAGAUGUAAUCGCUUCAGUCAACGGCUUCAGCAACUAA